AUGGGUAACGCGAUUAGGUUACUCUACCGGAAAUGCAUCAAUCCCACGACUUACGACGGAUCUCACGGCGUUUCAGCUCUCUCCGGCGAUCUCUACAACUUUGAGACCACUUCUCAGGUUCCUGAAAAGCUUGGAAGUUACGUUGUCUCUUCUAAGAGGGCUCAAGCAAACUGGUAUGGAAAAAUACUUGAGGCAUGGAAGCAAGCUGAGCCUCGGCCUCAGACCGAUGAGGAAGCCGCAAGGCUUGUUAUCGUGACUCUAAAGGGUCAUAAAAAGGCCGAUGUUGAGGGACUUUUGUCUUUCUAUGGACUCCCUUCGCCUCAUAAGCUCGAUGAGGUCUCUAAUGGAUCUCCUUCUCCUGUGUCUGUACCUGAAGGAGUCCGAUUCGAGCUCCAUACGCUUCCGGUGGAUACAAAAUCUGUGGCAGAUGGGGAUACAGUUACUGUGUAUGUUAGUAGCAAGGACCCGAUUGUGUCAUCUUCUGUUCCUAAGGAAGUAAAACUUGCAGUGGCUAAAAGAGCCAAAGCGCGUGAGAAGAAGAAUUAUACAGAAGCAGAUGCACUUCACAAGACGAUCAUAGCUUCUGGUUACAGGAUGAUAAAUUUUCAAAAUGAUGAAGUGCUUGGUAAAAAGUUCAGAAUUAGACUAAGGGGAAUUGAUUCACCGGAAAGUAAAAUGCCGUUUGGAAAGGAAGCGCACGAUGAGCUGCUUAAGAUGGUUGAAGGAAAAACCUUGAAGGUGUUAGUUUACACAGAGGAUCGUUAUGGAAGAUGUGUAGGAGAUAUAUAUUGCAAUGGGAAAUUUGUACAAGAAGUAAUGUUAAAGAAAGGUCUUGCUUGGCAUUAUGUAGCCUACGAUAAGCGCGCAGAGCUUGCAAAGUGGGAAAAUGAGGCUAGGCAGAAGCGUAUUGGCUUAUGGUCAUCUUCGAAUCCAGAGAAGCCAUGGGAAUGGAGAAAGAACAAACGUGGAGGCAAUUGA